AUGUCGCGUCUGGUCUCGCCUCACGAGUUACUGUCACACUCAACCUCCGGGUCACACACUGCGCCUCUUUUAAGCCAAAAGAUUUUCGCAAAAUGUCAUCAGGCCCGGCUACACUCUAUCAUGCGCGUCUCCUCUGCUCGGAUCGAACUGAGAAAAGCCCACAUCGAAAUUGACGGCGUUAGCGUCGUUACCCAACCUGAUCUGUUGCCGGUUCCACAAAAUGCUCGCACUUGGAACACUCUGCAUCUAGGAGGCUAUUGGAUCGCUGAAGCCUUUGGCAUUAGUCAGUACCAGGUUGCCUCGACUGCACUCGCAGCCGGUCUGUCUCCAGGUGCUGCUAUUGGGGCCGUCUUCUUCGGUCACUUCCUUGUCUGUACGCUUCUCAACUCUCCGACUUCCGUCUCGGAAUCACGAUUAACAGCGCUUGCGUGUGCAGCCAACGGAUGGAUAGGAACUCGACAUGGAAUCAAUUUCCCUGUCCUGGCCAGGAUCUCCUUUGGUGUAUACGGGAACUUGGUCGCCAUCAUGUGUCGCGCAGUAGCGGCCAUCGUGUGGUUCGGCACUCAGACAUUUCAAGGCGGUCAAUGCGUUGAAGUGAUGCUACGGGCCAUCUUCCCGUCUUUCAAGCAUUUCCCAAAUCGACUACCUCCGUCCGCUCAUGUCACUUCUUCCCAACUGCUGUCGUUUUUCAUUUUUUAUCUGAUACAACUUCCGCUUCUUUGGGUGCAUAUAUCGCGUCUACGGCAUCUCUUUAUGCUCAAAGUAGUCUUGAUGCCGAUCUUUGGCUUUGCUCUAUUCGGCUGGGCAGUGGGUCGAGCCCAUGGAUUUGGUCCCAUCUUUUCUCAGCCGACUCAAGUGGCUGGAGCUCCGGCCGUCGUUGUCUUCUUCUCUGCAAUGACAUCAGCCAUUGCCCCGAAAGCGACGCUUGCGCUGAACAUAUGCGACUUCACUCGAUUCGCAAAAUCUCCAACAGCUGUCAUAUGGACAAACAUCCUCUCCCUUUCGAUCCCGGUGACCCUCUGCGCUAUUCUCGGUGUCGUUGUAACCUCAGCAACCCAAGUCAUCUACGGCGUUUCAACUUGGAACCCGUUGCAGGUUUGUGAGCUAUGGGACAAUCGCGCUGCGCAAUUCUUUGCAGCAUUCUGCUGGGGUCUAGCGGUUCUCGCCACAAAUAUCUCAGCCAAGUGGGUGCUUCUGUUGACCUAUAUGCGUUCAUGUCUCUUUUCCGACGAUGAAUUCAGCUCCACCGCUGUCGGCAACGACCUCACUGUCUUAUUUCCGCGUUUUGUCGAUAUUCGCCGCGGCCAGUACAUUUGCGCGAUCCUCGGGCUCGCUACUUGUCCUUGGAUCAUCCAAAACUCUGCCACAUCCUUCACUGCUUUCCUCGCUGGCUACUCCAUCUUCCUUGGCCCGAUAUGUGGGAUUCUUCUCGCUGACUUUUUCAUCUAUCGACGCAAACGAGUCGAUAUCCUGUCGCUCUACCAACGAGAAACGUCGCUCUACUGGUACACAUAUGGGGUCAACCCGCGAGCCAUCGUGGCAUUCCUGCUCGCGCUGGUCCCAAAUUUACCCGGCUUUGCGGCAAGGGUCAAUCGAAACAUCAAGGUUCCAGUCGGCGCCACCUAUGUGUUUGCAUUGGUUUGGCCUAUCGGGGUGAUUGUCGGGGCUGUCUGUUACCUAGCUUUCACUUGGGUGUGGCCGCCAAUAAAACGACAAAGAGGUUAUGAUAGCCCACCGCAAAGCAUCAUGAGUCAAGACGAUUUACCCAAGUAA